AUGGCAGUCGAGGCUCACGACUACGCAUCUGAGCAUGGCCUGACAGUACUCUCCUCCGGCUCAGCGCCCGACCGCAUUGACAUCGAAGCCCAAUCCCACUCCCCACUCGGUCGACCAUCGCCCUCCUCCAUCGACGACCCCGUCUCCCCAGGCGCAUUGUCCGCCCCAGCCCGCGUGGACUCCGUCUCGACGAUUCGGCGACGCUCAAAGCGCACGAACACCUUACGCUCAUAUUACCGUGAAGGUUCUAGCCCCGAACGAAACUGGGAAGCUGGCAAAGAACCCGGCAUCGAUCCAAAUAGAACCUCACCACUCCUCGACUCAGAAUGGACUUCGUUACCAGUCGAUCUUCAUCGGAUCUGCGAGAUCACAAUUGUCGAUUUCUCGCAGGAGGAUAUGCGGCAUUACGUGCUCGAUAAUACCUCACUGGAACAAUUCCUGGCGCGCGAACGAGAACCAUGGGUUCAAUGCCGAUGGAUCAACGUCAAUGGAUUGAGUUGGGAUGUGAUUCGCAUCUUGGGCCGACACAAGAACCUGCACAGACUGGCGAUUGAGGAUUUGAUGCAUCCACACAAUCGGACAAAAGUCGAUUGGUACUCGGAUCAUGCGUAUAUUGUCAUGUCGUUGCAAAGACUGGAGAAGCUGCGGCAUCAUGAGAAUGGUAGUGACUCCGACAGCCAGGAUCCCAAGUCCUCUGAUGGUGGGAGUGAUUCGGACUCGGAUAGUAGUAGUCUACCACCAGUGGCUGCACGGAGACGGAAGUGGAAUGUUAUCAAAGCUGCAUUGAAGGAUCUGCUGUUUCCAAACAGUGGUAGAAAGAAGCGAGACAGGAAGAAUGUCCAGUUUGCGGUACAUGAUCAGAGAUACAAAGGUGCUGGGUUGCCGGGGACUGUAAACAGCGGAGAUUUCAUCAGCAGAUCUCCCAUGCCUCGCACAUUGCAGCGAUACAGGGGCGGGCCUAAUGAGGAGAGAAUCGAGUUUAUGGAACGCCAUGCGGUGCUUGCCAAUCAGGGUCUGCGCGUGACAUUGGAGCAGGUAUCGAUCUUUCUGAAUUCCGACAACACUGUUCUGUCUUUCUUCGAUGCUAGUGCGAGCGAUAUUGAGGCUCCAAUUGUUAGACGACUCAGCUCCCCCGAGACCAUCCUACGUCAAUCAUGCGAUGCGAGCAUGCUUGUUCAGGCUAUUCUAGACGCUAUUAUAGAUCUUGCGAUUCCGGUCACACUCGCUUAUCAAGAUGCAAUUGGAGAUCUGGAGGUCGCCGUGCUGACGGAUCCCAGCAUCGACCAGUCGAAACUGUUGUACAUCCUCACCUCCGAGAUAUCAGUCCUGCGUAAUGCCAUGCAGCCAAUGGUGGCUGUUAUAAAUGCACUUCGAGACCACCGCUCACAACCCGUUCAAACACCGGGUGUUGGCAGCCUCAACAUCGGGCCAUUGAGCAAGACCAACACGAACACAACCACAGAUGGAAACACCCCGAGUAUUCCGUAUAUAGGAACCGGGACCCCGAAUUUGAAGGGCAUUGGCGUUUCGACUAUUACUAUCAGCGCCAUGUGUCAUACGUAUCUGGGCGAUGUGCUGGAUCACUGUAUAACUAUUACGGAGGGAUAUGAUCAGAUGAGACGGUCAGCUGAUAAUAUGAUUGAUCUCAUUUUCAACACCAUUGGUGCAUAUCAAAACGAGAGCAUGAGACAAUUGAGUUUGAUAACGGCUUUGUUCCUGCCAUUGACAUUUUUGACAGGAUACUUUGGAAUGAACUUUGCAAUUUUUGACGCUGUCAAAGAUCAUAGCGAUUCGCAAGUUCCUCCUUUUUUGACUUCUCAACAUCGCCCACUAAUUCCGCCACAGUUACUUCUGGAUAAUCGCCGUUCCAUUCGUGUUCGUCGUCACGCUGCUGCUCAUGCGCGAUAUGGUCGGCCGCUACUUCUUAAAACUCGCCCAGCGAAGACUAUUCUUCAGCUCACGAAAACACCGUCAGGAACGGAAACGUGA